AUCCCACCCCAAUAUGUGGGAUUUAUAAGUCCGUGGGGUCCACGGAUUUGGAUCCAAAAAAGGGGAACAAAUCCGUGGACCCCACUGAUUUGACACCUGACAACAAACAAUGGAUUUGGCUAAAAUCCAUCAUGCUUGGGAUUUGAGUCCCAAAUCCAUGACUCAAAUCAAUCAAGCAAACGACCCCUUAAUUACUGUUCACGGAAGUGUUGUAAGUAAAUCCUCAGGUAGAUUGGGCUUGCUUAUGGUUUUUUAUAUUGCUGAACUUUGGGCUUGAUUAGUAAUGAUGUGGGCCUAUUUGUUAUUUCUUUUUGGGUUGUUUCUUUCUGGGUUAUUUCUUACAAAAUAUUAAAGGGAUUUGUAAAACCAACCCCCUCCACGUAAGCCUCGGUGGCUUCUCCGCAAGUUUCGGUGAUUAAUUAGUUUUUAUUCCAUCCACGUCAACCAAAAAAUGGACUCCUACUCUCCUCCAUCCUCUGUAAAAAAUGAAAAAUAGAUUCCGCUUUCUUCUCUCACCAUUCACUGUGACGUUUCAUUCUUCCCAAAUCUACAAAACUUUUCAUCUAAAUCAAAACUGCAACUACCACUUUCAACGCAAUGAAUCAUCCGCCUGCGAUACCCAGUAUGCCGAUUUGCCCUGAUUUGAUAGUUUAUUCUGUCGAUUUCAACCUUGCUCUUUCAUGAUUAGUUAGCCAAAUCUAAAUCCCCGCAGAUUAAUAGCCCCGCCUGCAAGACAUGCCAGUGUUUCUCUAGACUGAGAUUCGUUGCCAAGGAUUAGCAAAUUAGUUGAGAAAAUUUUGCGGUGGAUACUUGAGAGUUUACAAGGGAAUCUUACGGAAGUCGGCAUACUUUACGGGGAUGAAAAGAGGCAAAUUGGUUAGCAGGUUUAUUGAGACGAGAAGACGCUAUUGGAGUCGAUGGAUUUGAGGGAGAUGAGAAAGCAACAUGCAAAGCAUCAAACAGCCUCAACGCCAAUAAAGCCAUCUUGCCUCUUCAAUCUCAUCGGUUGGCCUAUGUGGUUGUUACGAUCCCUGCUCUCAAUCAGUUUGUUUCUCCUCUCCAUCCAAUUGGCCAGACGGAAAUUGUCCAUAGGUCUGUUUCUGAAUUGCAAGUCCUACUAGUCAUUAUGAAUUAAGCCCACACUGGAAAUUAUGUUCAUUUGAACAUUUUUCUUCAAUGCUAAUACAAUUAUCCAACAAUAGAACGACAAUUGAUGUUUCAAAAUAAAAAUUAUGAUUGAAAUGACAUUUGCAGGUUGCAUGCAAUGCCUAUUUGUUGCCCCUCUUUGCAGUUGCUUCAUGUUGACUACACAAAUUCUGCAGCAUUCUACUUCUACAUUGAUGCUAAUUUGCAGUAGCUGUAGUGGUGGCUCAUGUCGUAUAUGGCCUUUGUUUCUCCAAUUCCACAAAUUUGGAUAUCUUUGGGACGUAAGCUUUUGAAUAUCCCUGUUGUAUUGCUAGGUUAUAUUUGUUUCUCCCAUGUUGCUACAUUUGUUGAUAGCUUCUUGAACCUACAAUGUUGAGUGCAAUUAUGUUGACGUGUCUUCUCGAUGGCCCUAUCAAGAAUCAUUUUGCUCAUGGUUGGUAAUGCAUCAAAGGUUGAGUAUGUCAAAGGAAAAAGGGGUUGCUUGAGGAAAUGGCAGAGUAAAAAUUGCAGCAGUGGAUUUGGUUCUGAACUGCAGAUAUCAGUGGUAGGGAUGAAGAGGCAUAGCUCUACUUAGAGUUAUGGAGAUCGGCCAAUAUUGGCCUGGUGUUAGCAAUCCCCAACAUCAUCUCUGCCGCAACAAUCCACCCCAACAUCAUAUUGUCCUCGAUCGGCCAUGACAAUUUCGAUCAUCACCAUCAUCAACUCCGUUGCCGCCUCACAAUCAUCACCGUCAUCGUCUCUAUCGUGGCAGUCCAUCACUACCAUGGAGUAUUGUAAGGGGUAGCAGUAAUAGUACCAUUGCCAAGUGUCAAAUUGCAUAUUGGCUGGGAUUUCUUCAAUUGAUCUGCUACUUGUAGGAUUUCCUUUUUUCUUUUUCCAUGUGUUAGUUAUGUAUUUGCUUUUGCUUUGAUAGUUACACUUGCCAAAGUACAAAAGACACAAGGCCAACGAACAACAUUUCACGAGCAAAGCUGCAGAAUACGCUGUUGCAGUGUCGGAUUAUAGGAAUAGUGUGAUUAGAUUGAAGCAAAGCUGCAGAAACCAUCGAUUCUAUCAACUAUGUUAACCUGUACUUUCCGCCGAUGAUCAAGCCAUUAAGGGAGCAUGCUGCUGCAACUAUUCGUAGAUCGAUUUUCUGGUAGAACUGUUCGACAAAGAUGCACGAUUAUUUUGGGGGAAGAGUGGCUGCAAUUGAUAAAAUAAUUAUUUUGAUCAGUAAUAAACAAUUUUUCUCUUCCGACCGAGUAUAAUAGGUUCAACCUGUAUUGGUUAAGUAGUGAUUAUUGAUCUAUGGUCCUCAUUAAAUAUAAUUAAUCCAACGGUUGAAAAAGGGACGACAUUAGUGUCGUGCCGGUACCACAGAACCGGUCGGCGUAUGUUAGGUAUUUUCCCCCCCAAGAUAUGACAAAAGAGAGAAACUAUACAAUCUACCCAGAAACCCUCCCAAAUCACUACUUUAGUGAAGCCACCCUACAAAGUCGAAGGAACUUAACUCAAGAGAAGAAAGUAACAGGGCUUUUUGCGCACUCUAUGGGCUGCCCCGUUAGCAGUUCUAGGAACUACCCUAAACUCUAAGGAGUCAGAAACUGAAGACAAAAGAAGAAAACAAUCACGAAGCACGGGUCCUCCGAGGGAAUAUGAAGAAACACCCUGACAAAGCUGACGAAUCACCACUUCUGAAUCACCUUCGAUAAAGACACGAGGAAGGGACUUGGAGACCAUGAGGGAAAUGGCAUUGCUGAUCCUUACCUCGCAAGCGUAUGUUAUGUUUAAUAGUACGUCAAUAGUUAUAAAAUAAUAUAUAAAUAAUUGUUAAGUUAGCAAUUUAAUUCAUUAAAUACGAAUAUCAAAUGUGGUUGAAUUUGAGACUUUCUACACCAAAAAUAUUCUCUUAAACGAAUGUAUUCGCGCUUGGAUAAUGACAUACGAGUUUUAUAUGUGUUAAGUACGGGAGCCAUGAAAUGAAUUGGGAAAAAUGAAACGACUUGAAAAUAAUACGGAUAUGAAAUUUUAAAUGGAUAAUACUAGGGUUGUUAAUGAGCUGAGCCGAGUCGAACUUUGUCAUAGUUCGAGCUCGGCUCGUUAAUAUAUUUCCAAGCUCGAGCUCGGCUCGUAUUCGUCACGAGUUUUAAUAUGCAAGCUCGAGCUCGGCUCAUUUAUGAAAAUGAAAGCUCGAGCUCAGUUCGAGCUCGGCUCAUUAGAUAAGGUUAACGAGCCCAAAAUCGAGUUUAGCUCAUGAAUUCAUAGUAGGUCAAGAUUUACCUAAACUGGGCACAAAAUUACAUUCAAACUUGUAGCAAAUUCUAGCAAAAUAAAACACAAUAUUUUUUCCAAUUUCAAUACAUAAAAUCCAUGAAUUCUAAUCCUUUCUUAUGGCAAAACAUUAAAUGAGCUUGUUCACGAGCUUCCGAGCUGAACGUGGUAUGGCUCGAGUUUCGAGUUUCGAAAGAAUUUUUCUCGAAUCGAAAGUCGAGCCGUUCAUAAGCGGUUUGGUUCAUUAACAGCCCUAGAUAAUACAACCAUAUAUAGGUGUUUUAACCGAAGUACUUACUCAAGGGAGAUUAUAGCUGGUAGAAUUGAGGUUGUUGCCGGCAAGCUUCAAUUCGAUAAACAUAAAGAUAUGAAGGUAUUGCCAUCAUUUUUUGAUCAUUUGACGAAGAGGAGGAAGAAGAUUUCGAGUGGAAACAGACAAAAUUAUUUAUAGGGAGGCCGACGGUAGCCAUUCCAGAAAAAGAAUCUAAUAACAGAGAGCUCGAGGAAUUUUGGAGCUUCUACAUUGGUUCAUUUGAUAACUCGGUUUAUUCUAGAUCUUGAUAGUUGUUAGCCUACUAUCAUGUGACCACGAGAAGCCCAGUACUAUUUUUUUCUAUAGCAUAAUAAGUUAUUUUUAUUAUUUCGUUGGUCUGACUUCACCAAAGCAAAUUGUAGGCAUUCAAAGGGGAAAAAAAAUAAUAUUGCUAAGAAAAAUCGAAAUUAAGGAGUCAUUCAUUAGCUAAUGCAGACCAUGGACUCCCAACAUAGCAGCAUAGCGCGCAUACUUUUCUUUUCUAGUUAGAUUUAAGGGUUAAUAUUUUCGUAUGGCCUGAACUUUGACCAAAAUAAACAUCCUGGCCAAUCUUUUCGAUCUAUAACAUCCUGGCCCAAACUAUACAUCAAAAUAAACAAUUUGGCCAAACCCGAUGUUUGAUCGUUAACUUGGAUGGUCAAACGCGUUGAUCGUUAGUCAACGUGCCAUGUCAAUGCCAAGUCAGCAUAAAAUAUUUAAAAUAAUUCACAAUUUCUACACAUUCCCUAAUUUUAAAUUAUUAUAAAUUAAAAAAAUCAUCUAAUACCUUAGUUAAACCAAAAAUGAAAAACGAAAAAAUUAAAUAUUUAUUAGAUCUUCUGAGUUGGCAGUGACAUGGCGCAUUGACCGUUAGCCAACGCGUUUGACCGUCCAAGUUAACGGUCAAACAUCGGGUUUGGCCAAAUUGUUUAUUUUGGUGUAUAGUUCGGGCCAGGAUGUUAUAGAUCGAAAAGAUUGGCCAGGAUGUUUAUUUUGGUCAAAGUUCAGGCAUACGAAAAUAUUAACCCUAGAUUUAAUUAUGAAAAGCUGGAACGUGGAGUAUUAAUACUUAAUUAGGCCGGCUCUAAUGGAAAGGUCAAAAAAUAUAGCCAACGAAAACACCAGGCAAUAUGCUUAUACCGCGCUUAGGGCUUAGGAUAGGGUCAGUAACCAAUGGUUACUAACCUAUGAGUAACUAAAUCUGGACCUUUAGAUCUAAGUGGGCCAAGAAAAUUCAGAUCUAAAGGUUGUCAAUUAAAGACAUUUUAUUUCCAUAGUUUUUAUAAUCGGCUCUUAUCUUUUUUGUUUUAACUCUGAUUUCAAUUUUUUUUUUUUGCACACAUGAAACGAGUUCGUUGUGCUCUACAAAAUGAGAUCAAUUUUCAAUAUAUUUCGAGAAACUUUUUUUUUACCAACUACAUACCAUAUGGUAACUUCUUCAUUUUUAAGUCAUUUUUGAAAACGUUUGCUCAGAAGGAACGAGUUCAUCAUGAUCUAUUGGAUCUACAAAUUUCUGGGUGAAAAAAAUACUGGACCAAAAAUUACCAUACUUUACCACUAUGGUAUGUGGGUGGUAACUUGUGGUAAACAAUAAUGAAAGUCGUAAAUGACAGUUAGUAUACUCAUACUAUCGUGUAUUCAACCUUCUUACCAUAUUGGUAUGUUCAUACCAUCAUGGUACGCUUUCUUACCAUAUGGUAUUAAAUACGAGCAUACCAUAAGGUAAUGACCGGUAAAAAAUUAUUCAAUUUUUUUUUACUAAAAAUAUAUCAAAGUGGAUAACAUUUUAAAGAGCACAUUUAAUCUGAUUUAUCUGUGCAAAAAAAAAUUAAAUUUCGACUUAAAACGAGAGAGAAAUCGUCCGUUAAAGAUUAAUGGGGAAAAAAUAAAAGACUUUCUAGGAAAGAAGGGAUGCUGAUGUCAUGCGGAUGUGGACAAGUUACUGAUGGUUAUUCACCAUAUGAGUUACCUGAUCCGCUCCCCGCGCUUAGCACGAGAGCAGAGAACCUGAUUGGUCGUCUAAUUAAUCAUCCAUCUACUUCUACAAAUUUAUAAACUCAUUAUAAAACAAAGCCGGUAAAACAACCUUAUAAAAUAUUCCGGCAGCGACCGGCCGGCCAAGCUCGUAAUUAUAUAGUAAAAGUUAGUAAUUAACUAUAAGCAGAUUCCAUCAACCUGCCAUUUCAAAUAAAAGAAUCCUGAUGGCCUGGCACGGCAUCUAUUAUUAUAGUGAACACAUCCUUAAUAUGUGAAUCAUGAAAGGAUCUUGGCUGAUAUAUCCUCUGCGUCAUUUCUCAACAGUACUGCUCUGUUUUCUUUCUCCGCCUGUUAGUGUUACGAUGGGUAGUAGCAGAGUAAGAGCAGGAAGAAGAAAUAGCUGGUGUGGAAGAAAACAGCAGAAGGAGGAGGAUCGAAGGCCAUGGGAAGAUUUAUGUCCCGAUCUCUUGGAUCCGAUAUACGACAAGCUCCCGGCAGGCCCAGCUGGCCGCAUGGAAUUCGGAUCCGUGUGCAGAAACUGGCGUCAAGUAUAUCGUCGCCGUCCCCGGAAAUCCCCUGCAGUUUGGGUUCCCCUGGCGCCGGCAAUGUCGUUGGACUUUCUGGGUUCAGAAAUCCCCAGCAAGACCCGCAAGGAAUUGAGCCGGGCGUAUGUUAAAUACACUUGGCCGGGGAGCGGGUGGUUGCUUCUGUCAUCUAGUGAUGUUGGAAUCGUAGGGAUUUUCAAUCCUCUGUUUCGCUGGCCGUCCUGCUUCGUCCGGCUCCCUGCUCUCCAUUGUCCUGUUUCACAACCACCGCUAAAAGCCGCCUUCUCGGCCCCGCCGACAGAUCCCGACUGGACCGUUUUCUUUGUGCGGGGAUACAGUAGUUUCAGCACUUUCCGGCGCGGCGAGCUACGGUGGAAGACGUAUACUUGCGGCGGUGGAACAGGGGAGGAGCGCCGAGUUUGCGAGGGGAUUGGGUACAGGGCGGGGAGUUUCUUUUGUUUGUUCGAUACGGGGGACGUUUUGGUAUUUGGAGUUGAAGGGGAGCGGCGUGGACAGAUGAGGUCGAUGCUGGUGGCUGUAGCUGCUCCGCCGGUGAUGCUGGCGCGGCAGAGUCAUUUGCGCGUCGUGGCGGCGGAAUCCGAUGGGAAAUUUCUGGUGAUGAGUUGGGGGAGAGGUGGAAGUGCUGCUGCCAACUGCAGCCUCCUGCUGCUGGGUGUGGAGAGGAAGACGGUGAAGGAAGUGGAGGAAAGAUGCGGGUGGGGAUCGGACGUUUUAGUGAGGGAGCAACAUGGCUUGACUGUUGAAGGGACGACGGACUUUCCUCCCAUUGUUGUCCAUUUUGUUGUUCUAGUAUUUCUUGUAGUUUUGAUUCUUGCUUACUUUUCCUUUCUGGUAUUUUAGCCGGAUGUCAAUUUGAACAUAUCUGGUCGAGUAUUACUUGAUCUUAUUUGUGAUAAAGGUGUGUAUUACUCGAUUUGGAACGAAAUAUAGACACUAAUUCUGAUAUGUAUUGUCCCAUUUUGUCCCACAUCGUACCUUACUCAUUGUAUCUCAAUUUGUCUAAAUAUUUAUUCGUAUUCUUGCUAUUUUAACUUUUCUUCAAUCGUAUCUUUAUUUUAUAAACUUUAAAUAGGUGCAAGAGUUAAUAUUUCAACCAAUUACACUCGUUGCACACAAAACAAAAGCUAAUUAUAUUUAAUUAUUAUUUGAUUAUCACUAUUUUCAUUUAUAAAGUGUUUUUCCUUCGUUUAUUAUAAAAAUAAAGUUUAGAC